AUCUCCAGCCGUGGUCGAUGGCCCUGCCGGGGGCAGAGCCCGCUCCCCUCCGCGCGUUGCUAAGUGCGAGGAUGACACCCAUCCAGACGCCGUCAGCCGCGGGAAGGGGGAGGCGAGAGUUGGAGCGCGUGGGAGCGGAGGCCGGAGGAGGGAGGGGGGACACCGAGCACAGGGAGCGCGGAGGGAGGCGCGCGCGGGAGCGAACAUCCACCAGGAUCCCGAGCCGGGCGGCGGCGAAGCAGCAGCUACGGCCGCGCCCUUGCCAGAGUCGGUGCGUCCGCCUAGCCCCGCUCCGCCCGCGGCGAUCAGGGCUCCCGAGGAUGGAGGAUUCCCAGGAGACAUCGCCGUCCUCCAACAACUCCUCGGAGGAGCUCAGCUCUGCUCUGCACCUCUCCAAGGGCAUGUCGAUCUUCCUCGACAUACUGAGGAGAGCAGACAAAAAUGAUGAUGGAAAAUUAUCCUUUGAAGAAUUCAAAGCAUAUUUCGCAGAUGGUGUUCUCAGUGGAGAAGAAUUACACGAGCUCUUCCAUACCAUUGAUACACAUAAUACUAACAAUCUUGACACAGAAGAACUAUGUGAAUAUUUUUCUCAGCACUUGGGCGAGUAUGAGAAUGUACUAGCAGCACUUGAAGACCUGAAUCUUUCCAUCCUGAAGGCAAUGGGCAAAACCAAGAAAGACUACCAAGAAGCCUCCAAUUUGGAACAAUUCGUAACUCGGUUUUUAUUGAAGGAAACCCUGAAUCAGCUGCAGUCUCUCCAGAAUUCCCUGGAAUGUGCCAUGGAAACUACUGAGGAGCAAACCCGUCAAGAAAGGCAAGGGCCAGCCAAGCCAGAAGUCCUGUCAAUUCAAUGGCCUGGAAAACGAUCAAGCCGCCGAAUCCAGAGACACAACAGCUUCUCCCCAAACAGCCCUCAGUUUAAUGUCAGCGGUCCAGGCUUAUUAGAAGAAGACAAUCAGUGGAUGAUCCAGAUAAAUAGACUCCAGAAAUUAAUUGAUAGACUGGAAAAGAAGGAUCUCAAACUUGAACCACUGGAAGAAGAAAUUAUUGAAGGGAAUACUAAAUCUCACAUCAUGCUUGUGCAGCGGCAGAUGUCUGUGAUAGAAGAGGACCUGGAAGAAUUCCAACUUGCUCUGAAACACUACGUGGAGAGUGCUUCCUCCCAAAGUGGAUGCUUGCGUAUUUCUAUACAGAAGCUUUCAAAUGAAUCUCGCUACAUAAUCUAUGAGUUCUGGGAAAAUAGUAGUGUAUGGAAUAGCCACCUUCAGACAAAUUAUAGCAAGACAUUCCAAAGAAGUAAUGUGGAUUUCUUGGAAACUCCAGAACUCACAUCUACAAUGCUAGUUCCUGCUUCAUGGUGGAUCCUGAACAACAACUAGAUGUUCCUAGACAUUUUCCUUAUGGUUCCAAGUGCAAAACAGGUGUUCUUAUCUAAAAUGUCAAUUAGAAAAUUAUCUGUGGUUGUUAAUCUACUGUAUAUUUUUGUUUGGUAUAUUUACUAAGUGCACUCUUUUAAAACUUAUUCUAUAAUUUUAUGAUUCAUGUGAAUUUUAGCUCAAUUUUCACAGUUCACUAAUAUUCUCAAUAUUUAAUGCUAAAUGCUUUGCUACACUGUAACUAACCUAAAACCUUUUAGUGACAAAAUCCUAAUAUGUGGAAAAAAGCAUACACAUAAAGGAAUAAUAUUGUGAAAAUGAAUUUGUUAUGAUAAAGAAAAAAUAAAGUGGAAACUUUUAGAGUAUUACUUCAUAGGGCAGAUUUUGUAAACUGUCGUAUACUGUAAAGGGUUAAAUCAGCGUUUUGUGAUUUUUAACAGAUUUUCUGUGAGUGAAGUUUAUUCUUCCAACAAUGUCUACUCCAUACCCAACCCAACUCACAGCCCUAUGACUAUUAUCUUUGCAUUAGUUAAAAAGUUAGUAUAUAGGCAUCAAACAACCUUGGCUGUAACCUAUAGACUCUCUAUCUAUGUAUCAGGUUAUAGACUGGUUUUUCAAAAGUGAACAAUUCUGUGAUAAGUUAGAGUACCAUUUAGUAAUACAGCAACAUUGUGUCAUUUAUUAGCAUCAUAAUUCCUUGUUAUGUAAGUUAAAUAUAUCAAGAAAGAAGAGACUAUUGCUUUGGGAAAAUGUGGUUCAAGUUUUAUGGCAUAUAGUUUUGCUAUGUGACAGACAGCUAACUUUUCUUAUGAAAAAUACAUAUUUGCAUGUAAACAAUGAUUUCAAAAUACUUGAAAAAUAAACUUUUAACCCAAAUGAAUAAAUAAGAAAUAUAAAACAAGCACAAAACCUUACGGAAGUCAUAAAAUAGUAGGGAAGGUACUAGACAGAAGACAUCUGUUUUCCAAUUUCAACACUAGAAUGACUAAAACUAUCUACCUAUAGAACUAUCUAUAGAUAGUAUACUACCUAUACUCUGCUCAACAAGCUCAGAAAUUUUUUUAAUAAUAAAAAUGUGUCCUGGUUAUAAACCCUGCUGAUGAAAAUACAAUACAUAUAAAAAUGUAUAGCCAUGUUUUUUUCUAGUAUAAAUUCCUUUGAAACUAUAAGUCUUUGGGGAAAAAUAUAAGGUAAAAUUUUCCAGUUUUUCCCCCUUUGAAAAACUCAGGAAAAAAGGAAGAUUGAACUAAUAAAAUUUUAUUUCUUAAAUAUAAAUUUGACCUAAAAUAUUUUCUCAAACUAAUUCAUGAAACAGCAACUUUUACCAAUACCUUUGUAUACUCUCAGUUCUCAUCCAAUAUAAAUAAAAUUUUAAAAUCUUUUCAUAGUUCUAUUAGAAAUAAGUAGUAAAUUUUGAUAUAUUACACAUAUACACGUGUGUGUGUGUGUGUUUGUGUGUGUUUGUGUGCCUCUGGUCAACUCUAAGGAUGACAGACACUGUGUAACAACACCUGGGUCAACUCUUUUAAUUUAUAUACAAAGCAAAGAACAACAUUAAUGGAGAUAUACAAUGAUUAUUCAAACAAGCUAUACAUAUGUACAAAGGCAAAUAGACACAUAACAAAACAGUCUCUGCAGACUGAUUGUAUAUAGUAAGAAAAGAUCAAAAGACUUUAAAACCUAAAGGACUUUUGACAUACAAACUCUUCUUGAGAAUGUUUGUUGUAAGUGGUUUCAAAAAUACAAAUUAUAGCCAAUCAAAACAUUGCUUUGGUUGGUCCAUUUAAGUAUCCAAUUCAAAAAGCAUAUCAAAUCUUUUGGGUACUAGGCAGUUUCCAAAGUAGCAUGGUAGUGUUACUUGUUAAAAGGGUUCUGUUUUCAGUAACAGUACUGAAUGGAAAGGGUCUGCAGAUUCCAAACUGGAAUAAGCUCUAUCAUAUUCUGAAACAAGAAUUAAAAUGACUUGAGAAUGGGCAAAUAAUAAAGCAAACCAAUUAAUUAUAUGGUCAUUCUGACCCCAGCUCUUAUACAAAUUAUACAUAUAUUUUGUGUAUGUUUGUGAGAGUUGUAUGUAUGUGAACUGUGUGCGUGUAUAUUCACAUACAAGUAUAUACUGAAACCUAUAGUGGAAAAGGAAAGUAGGGCCAAAAAAAAAAAAAGAAAAAGAAUAAAGAAAAAACUGAGACCUAAGUAUAAAUAUCUCAUUUUAAAGUAAACAAUAAGUUUAUAGUUAACAAAGAUUUUUUUUUUCUAUUUGAAAACCCAUUUUCCUAAAGAACAAAGUAGUAAAAACAAAAACAAAAACAAAAAAAAAGAAGUCACCAAAAGACCAAGAUAGGAAAUGUAACAUGGAAUACUAGCUUGAAUCUGGAAAACAAGCUCAAAAA